AAGGGGCGUGUCCACCGCUGUCAGAGCAACAAUCAAAAAUCAAAACAUCACCUGACUCACACACUCGGGACUGGAAACGCGCUAAUACAUAAUUUUUACGAAUUUAUUGUAAAGCUCGUGCGAUUCUGAAAGUUUCUAAAAAUGGUUGAGGACAUGAAUAAAUAUCUAAGGAGGCUUCUCUCAAAAGUUGAUGGAUUGUACUGCAUAAUCAUUUCCGACAGAGAUGGAGUUCCAGUUUUAAAAGUCAGCACUGAUGACGCCCCAGACAAAGCCAUGAGGACAAAUUUCCUGUCCACUUUUGGAAUAGCAACUGAUCAAGGAGGCAAACUUGGUCUCGGAAAAACAAAGUCGAUCAUUUGCAUGUACGAGAAUUUCCAGGUCAUUCAGAUGAACAAGUUGCCCUUGGUGGUAACUUUUGUGACCAACAGUGCGUGCAACACAGGCCACGUCCUUGCCCUCGAACCCCAGCUCGAGCCGCUGCUUCCUGUCCUGAGAGGAGUGGUCGGGGACACCUGAUAUUUGUACUGCCGACUGCCCUCUCCUGCUCAUGAACCAACUUAGCUGAUCCAAGACUUUUAAUUGAAAUUAUCCUCAUUAUUACAAUUUACAAAAAAGAUCUUACUUUCAAUUUAACAAAAAAUAUCUGGGGCUUGUAAUUUUCAUUGUGAUAAAAAAAUAUUCUAUUGCUAUACAA